UUUUGGUUCGUUCUAAUUUGAUGAGCCUUUUUAACUCGUAAACUCAAAAGAUCCUACGAAAAUUUCUUAGAGGUCCCUGUUGUAAUAAGCAAAUAAUCAUUCAAUCGAAAUUUAGGCUCUGUGUCUUCCCGAAUUAGAAUUUGUAGUCACAGGUGCUGAAAGUAGAGUUUUCGAGAUGUAUCUCGCAGAAAACGUCUACGAAAUACGAACAACUUCCUCCAUUUUGUCAGUUAUGACAGGAGAAGGCGCGAUACUGACCGUAAAGUGUGAUUCACUUUUACUAACUUGUGUAUUCCAUCUCUUAUAGCUGCUAUCACGUUGGAAGAUGAUAACGUUGACAUAGUAUCCGAAACAAAAAUAAACGAAGAACACGGAAAACAAGAAACAGAAGAAGAAGAAGAAGACGAAGAAAGUGAAAUUUCUGAAAAUAAACAUUCAGGUUUUAUUCUCAAAAUAUUGAAAAUAAGUCAGUCUGAAUGGUGUUAUCUGGUAUUUGGUUGCUUCGCAUCAUUGAUUUAUGGAGGUGUAACACCAGGUUUUGCAUUAUUAUUUACGGAAUUGUAUGUUUUAUUCACUGAACAAGAUUAUCAAAAACAAGAACAACAAGCGCGUAUUUAUUGUAUAAUUAUAUUUUUUAUCGGCAUAUUUGGUGGACUUUGUCAACUUGUCUACACAGCUUCAUUUGCGAAAUCUGGCAACAGAAUUCAAAUAUUAUGUCUGUUUUUUACAGACAGGAUAUUAUCUUUUUCUUUAUAG